CAGCUCUCAACUUUUCUUCACAAUCCAUUCCAGAGACAUAUAAAGUCUACCUUUGUGGUCGUUGUACAGGUCAUUCCUGUCCCAUUCUGUCUCUUAUCCCCAAUCCUCAUCUUCCCUUUUCUCUUCUCCUGUAACCACCCAAGGUUUCAUUUUCAUUCAACCCUUGCUAGAAUCCGAGAUCUGUGAUCCGAAUUCUUUUCAACACCUUCAAAAUGUAUUCCACCGUCUCGGGCUCCAUCCUUCUCUCUGUGCUGGCCACAUCCGCCCUUGCAGCUGUCCACUCGGUGCAGGUCGGCCCUGGAUUGAGCUACACUCCAGACACCGUGACUGCCGAUGAGGGCGAUUGGGUCGAAUUCACUUUUGGAGCCGGACACGAUGUCGUUCAAUCGUCGUUCGACGGCCCCUGUGUGCCUCUAGCUUCUGGCCUCGGUGUCUAUUCCGGUUUCCCCAGUGGUGGUGAGGUCUGGCGAUUCCAGGUCAACGACACCAAUCCCAUCUGGUUGUACUGCUCCGUGCCUGGCCAUUGCCAAGGUGGCAUGUCCAUGGUUGUCAACCCCCCAUCGGCCAACGCCAGCCGCACUUUGGAUGCUUAUCAAUCGGCCUCUGCGGAUGCCAAUUCCGAGGCGCCCGACACUCCUCAGGGUGGUGUCUUUGGUGCUGCGUCGGAUGAUGACUCGACUUCCUCGGAUUCCUCCAGCUCGGCCACCGCCUCUGCCUCCGCCUCUGCCUCUGCCUCCGCCUCCGCCGCCAGCUCGGCCGCCAGCUCGGCCGCCAGCUCGGCCGCCAGCUCGGCCACCACCUCCGCUUCGUCAACAGCUUCUGAAACUGCUACCGGCACGUCUGCUGGAUCAAGCGAGACUGGAAAUGUCGCCCCUGCAAACUUGGCUGCAUCGGGUAUGAUGUUUGCUGGCAUGGUCGCCGCUGGCGUUGCUGCUGUCUUGUAAAUUACCUACGCUAUAUCCGAGAGGAAGCUAGUGGGAAUGGGAUCAUAUUAUGGCACGCAUAUAUAACAGAUCGGUCUGGGGAGAAAGGAUUGGAUGCUUCUCUGGGUAGGAUAUAUACCUACCUAUUCAAUUGGAUGGAAUGCAGAAAAGUUAAAUGUUGAAUUCUAUGAAUGUGAUGUAAUGUGAUGUGAUGCGAUGAUCGAUUUGUAGCCUAGGUAGUAGUCCCUGC